ACUUCUACUACUAAAACCCAAAUCAAAUUAUAAUAAUCCAAAAACAUAAAAAACUCUCUCCAACAAAUUUCUGCUUUCCUUCCCAAAACCUCACCACUCACACUCUUUAGUCUUUCCCCACACAGACACUUCCUCUUUUUCUCUCUCCUCCAUUUUCCGGCGAAUAUCUCACCGGAAUCCGCCAUUUUUACCGACGUCAUUCUCUCUCUUCUCUCAUGCUUCCUUCAACAUCAUUAUCAUCAUCAUCUUCCCCAGACCACCUCAUAAAAAAACCCAAAACCCCACCUAAAUUACUAUCACCAUCAUCAUCUUCUCCAGAUUUCACUAAACCUUUCACUUUCUCUCUCCUCCACCCACGAACAUGUCUCUUCUUCUUUAUCCUCUUUCUUCAACUCCUCCUCCUCUCCUUCUCUCGCCAUAAUCCACCUUCUCUCUCCUCUUCUAUAACACCUUUCUCAAUCUCCAAUUCCUCAAACCCUAAUUUCACCCCCAAUUCAAUUUGCGAAUUCGGGAAAUUCUUUGUCUACGACCUUCCUUCUCAAUUUAACUCCGACAUAUACAAAAACUGCGAUAAAUUAAGCCCUUGGGGGUCCCGCUGUGAGGCCCUAUCAAACUCCGGAUUCGGGAAGAAAUCCACCGGAAUUCAAACAAUAAUCCCGGAAAAACUUUCCGACGCUUGGUAUAACACUGAUCAAUUUGCGUCGGAAAUAUUAUUUCACAACCGUAUGCUCCACCAUAAAUGCCGCACACACGACCCAGAAUCUGCUGCGGCGUACUACAUCCCGUUUUACGCUGGACUUGCAGUAGGGAAAUAUCUAUGGUCUGAUUAUACUAGUAAACAUAGAGAUCAACAUUGUGAAAUGAUGCUUAAUUGGGUAGAAAAAUCAUACCCAUAUCUAAAUAGAUCCAACGGUUGGGAUCAUUUUCUUGUAAUGGGAAGAAUCACAUGGGAUUUCCGUCGUUCAAAAGAUCAUGAUUGGGGUUCUAAGUGUAUUUAUAUGCCAUUGAUGAGAAAUAUCACACGGUUAUUAAUUGAGAAAAAUCCAUGGGAUUAUUUUGAUAUUGGUGUUCCUUAUCCUACUGGAUUCCACCCUAAUUCUCCUAACGACGUCGUUUUAUGGCAGGAGUUUGUUAGGUCACGUGACCGACGUUCUUUAUUUUGUUUCGCCGGUGCGUCACGUGGGUCUGUUGUGAAUGAUUUUAGAGGGGUAUUACUGAGUCAGUGUAGGAACUCGGGCGAGUCAUGCCGAGUUGUGGAUUGUGGUGGUAAUAGUAAUAAGUGUGUUAAUGGUGGUACGUCGGAGAUUCUUGAAACGUUUCUUGAUUCGGAGUUUUGUUUACAGCCUAGAGGGGAUAGUUUUACUCGACGGUCUAUUUUUGACUGUAUGCUUGCCGGUUCAAUUCCGGUUUUUUUCUGGAGGAGGUCGGCUUAUUUUCAAUAUGAAUGGUUUUUGCCGGGUGAACCGGGGAGUUACUCGGUUUUUAUUCACCGUGAUGAGGUUAAAAAUGGGACGUUGGUGAAAAAUGUGUUGGAAAAGUAUAGUAAAGAUGAGGUUAAAAAAAUGAGAGAUAAAGUGGUGGAAUUUAUUCCUAGGUUUAUUUAUGCUAAACCUAAUGAAGGAUUGAGGAGUGUUAAAGAUGCUAUUGAUAUUGCUGUUGAUGGGGUGUUGAAGAGAAUCAAGGACCAAAAAGAGUAUGAUUAUAAGUGGUAAAUAAGUUUGCAAAUUUUAACUCUUGAAAAUGUUUCGAUUUUGUAAAGAUCCGACUGUUUUCGUGCUACAUAGAUAUUAGUUAUGAAUGUGUAUAUUCAUAUACUAUUGUUACAUAUUAUAGCAUUGUCCUCUCUAUAUAGAGUGUGAUGAUGAGUUACAUUUUUAUGAAGUUUGACAUUUUUUUGGUGUUAGAGAUUGAAUAAGUAUAAUAAUAUAGAAGGGAUUGGAUUUCGGAUUUUGAGUAUCA